CGCUUCCUUCCAGUGAGUCGGAAACCCGCAGAGACAGCGAGAUAGAGCGAGAGAGAGAGAGAGAGAGAGAGAGAGAGUCCUGCCUGACUCCUGAGAUCCCCUCCUCCUCUCUUCGUCAUCAUAUCACCUGAAAAAUCUUCCCUUUUCUGCUCUGCUGUAGUUCUUUGCUCAUCGAUCAUCAAUGGGUCUCCUCGAAGCUAUCCUCAAUUGGCUUCGCAGCCUCUUCUUCAAGCAGGAGAUGGAGCUGUCCUUGAUUGGACUUCAAAAUGCCGGGAAGACUUCGCUAGUCAAUGUUGUUGCAACUGGUGGAUACAGCGAGGACAUGAUCCCCACUGUUGGGUUCAACAUGAGAAAGGUGACAAAAGGAAAUGUCACGAUAAAGCUUUGGGAUCUCGGCGGUCAACCUAGGUUCCGCACCAUGUGGGAGCGAUAUUGCCGAGCAGUGUCUGCUAUCGUAUAUGUGGUAGAUGCUGCCGACCCUGAUAACCUGAACAUCUCAAAAAGCGAGCUCCACGACUUGCUGAGCAAACCUUCGCUGAGUGGCAUUCCUCUACUUGUUCUGGGAAACAAGAUUGACAAGCCUGGAGCACUUUCUAAACAGGCAUUCACCGAUCAAAUGGGAUUGAAGUCGAUUACCGACAGGGAAGUAUGCUGCUUCAUGAUAUCAUGCAAGAAUUCGACCAACAUCGACUCAGUUAUCGAUUGGCUUGUGAAGCACUCAAAGUCAAAAAGCUGAAGAAAGAUUGGCUUGUAAAGCACUCAAAGUCAAAAGGCUGAGGAAACAUUUGCGGCUUCCGUUGUGUUGUAUGGGCUUUUGGGUUCUGAGAAAACAUCAUGGUUUCAUGGGUAGUGCAGUUUUUUCUUCGUUUAACUUCUGUCACCUAUUAUCUGAUUUUCGUUCGUCCGGUUUGCUCAAUGUAUAUCGAGAAUGAGGGUGUCAGCUGUGUGAUUUUUCCGCGAGAAGAUUUCAUAUUAACAAACAUCAAUUCGGUAAUUUAUUAUAAUGUAAAGAAUGGUUGAAAGAGUGGGAAGCUGCUACUUACUGUUGCUGUGA